CUGUCAUCUACGACACACUUCAUUUAUCUCAGCACACUUUCUUCAUCGAAAUCUCCAUCAACCAAAGCAACCAACAAUGUCCGGCAGAGGCAAAGGAGGAAAAGGUCUCGGAAAGGGAGGAGCCAAGAGGCAUCGGAAAGUUCUGAGGGACAACAUCCAAGGAAUCACCAAGCCGGCCAUCCGCCGUCUUGCUCGCCGUGGGGGCGUAAAGCGUAUCAGCGGCCUGAUCUAUGAAGAAACUCGCGGCGUUCUCAAGAUCUUCCUCGAAAAUGUCAUUCGUGACGCUGUCACUUACACUGAGCAUGCUCGCCGGAAGACUGUCACCGCCAUGGAUGUUGUGUACGCGCUCAAGAGGCAAGGACGUACUUUAUACGGCUUCGGAGGUUAGGGUUGUCGAAACCUAAGGUUUGGAUUUGGGGGUUUUGUGGUUCGGUGAUUUGGAUGUGAUUUUGGAGAGGAAUUGUAUAUUAUUGGUGAUUUUGUUAGAUUCAAACUAUGAUAUCAGUCUGUAGGUUGUUAAUUGUUUCUCUCGUAAUUGGAAAUCUUGAUGCGCGUAAUUAGAAACUGUUCUAGUUUUGUUCAUCUUCAAGUUCACUAUGUUUCUCUUCUGAUUA